GGGGCAUUGGAGUUGGUUGAAUGGAGCAGUGAAAGUGUGCCUUCCCGCUGAUUGGAGGUUAUUCUAACAGCCUCAUUAUGCGACUCAUUGUUCUUUUGUAGGGGUGUGGGCUAUAAAUGCAGGCCUGUGUCCAGAUAGAGCAUGACCGUUGUCACUGCGUACGACUCGCUGCACACCGCUGCCGUCUCCCCAAAACACACCAACACACACGCACACCCAAGCCGAGUGUUGUGCUGGUGAGACCGUUUCUGUUUUUAUCCGGCCAGUUGAGGAAUUGAUCAGCGUUUCGUCACGUUUACUUCUGCAUUUCUGAACAAGGCUGCCCGAGCAUCUGAACAGAGCAACACUGUGAAAGCUUCCUCGGUGAGUUUUUUUUUUUUGUCCUCCGAUGGAUUCUGACGCCGGAUCAAGCUCCAGCCGCUCCUCCUCCCCGGAGCUGGUGGAGGGGGGCCUAUUCUCCACCCACAUGUUCCAGGCGUUCUACCAGGAGAAGGGGGGCACUUGUAGGCCCGCUCGGCCCGGGAUGGAGAAUGCGAGCAGGGGCAAAUCCAAAAGCAGCAAGGAGCCCAAGAAAGAAGAGACCCAGGACCUGCGGCUGAAGGUGAACAGCCGCGAGAGGAAGAGGAUGCACGACCUGAACCAGGCCAUGGACGGGCUCCGGGAGGUCAUGCCCUACGCCAACGGCCCAUCCGUCCGCAAGCUGUCCAAGAUCUCCACCCUGCUGCUGGCCCGCAACUACAUCCUGAUGCUGUCCAGCUCCCUGGACGAGAUGAAGAAGCUGGUGGGGGACGUGUACGGGGGCAGCCACCAGACGCACAUGGCCCGCUGCGCCCCCGCCCCGCCCCAGAUACCCCUGUACCCGCUGGGUCACUCCCUGCCCUCCCUCAUGGGCACGGCCACCACCACGCCCCCUACGCAUGCGAGCCCCUCUGCUGCCUACCUGGGCUUCCACACCACCCACGAGAGCCCCCUGAAGGACACGCCUCACCUCCACGGCUCCUUCCGGCACUUUCCAGGCAUGCCCUGUCCUUGCUCGCUUUGCCAGCCUCUCUCCUCCUCCUUGCCAAGGUUGCCCACCCUGUCCUUGGGUAAGUGACCAGUUGAGUCCCAGGAUUGAACUCUGCCAAGCAGGACAAAAGGACACGCACUGCUUCCCUCCCAGAAUUGUGAGAAAGGAAUAUCCUGCAAUUUGUAUAUUGUAAAUGCCUUGUACAGACAAUGUAAGAAAGAACAUCAUAGAUUGAAAAAUGUUUAUUGCCUUUUUACUGAUAUGUACUGCUAUUUUUGUACACACAUAUUUGUUUACAUUUUAAAUUUUCCUAGUAUGCCCAUAGGCAGUAUCCAGUCUGUUCUAGUGUAUUUUUAUCUCAGUUGAAGUUUUUGUUGAAACAGUGAAGAAAAUAUCUUCUACUAAACUGUCCCAUGAACUAUGCUACUGAAAACCCGACAGAUAAAGAGAUUGUCCUGUGUUUUUGUACAUCAUUUUUCAAAAGAUUAAAAUGCUAUUAUUGUAUAAA